AUGGAUGAAGACAAAAACGUCAAGCUCAUCCUAGGCAAUGACUUAUAUUCUAAAGUAUCCUCUUGUCGCAUAUUAAUGGUUGGAGCUGGAGGUAUUGGCUGUGAACUAUUAAAAAAUUUGGUGUUAUCAGGGUUCAAGAACAUUACUGUGGUGGCCAAAGAAUCCGCGUUACGAUUUAAUCCAUCAGUGAAUAUAGAAUCACACCAAGCUGAUAUCAAAAAUACUGAAUUCAACGUCGAAUGGUUCAAGCAGUUCACUAUGGUUCUGAAUGCUUUAGACAACUUGGAUGCUAGAAAACACGUUAAUGCCAUGUGCUUGGCUGCCAAUAUACCUUUGAUCGAAUCUGGUACUACCGGUUAUUUGGGUCAAUCUUAUGUUAUCAACAAGGGGAUCACUGAAUGUUUCGAUUGUCAUCCAAAACCUACUCCAACUACCUAUCCUGUUUGUACCAUCCGAAGUACUCCAAGUGCACCUAUUCAUUGUAUUGUCUGGGCAAAAAGUUAUCUCUUUACUCAACUUUUUGGUAACUCAGAAGAUGAUGAAGCUUUGGAUCAAGAAAAAUCAGAAGACAAUGCUCAAGAAUUAGCAGCCUUGGUGAAAGAAACGGAAGCUUUGAAGAAAAUCAAAGAUUCAAUGGGAACACCUGAAUAUCCAAAACAAGUAUUUGAUAAGGUAUUCAAAACGGAUAUUUUACGAUUAUUAUCUAUGGAAGAUAUGUGGAAAGAGCGACGGAAACCAACCCCUUUAGAUUAUGAACAAUUGGCAAAAGGACGACAGAUCGAAUUGACCAAUGAAACCGUCGAAAAUGAUCAUUCGAAAUCACAUGGACUCAAAGAUCAACAAUUAUGGACACUUGGUGAAUAUUUUGAUGUUUUCCGAUCUAGUGUCACCAAGUUAUCCGAACGAUUACGAAAGCAACAAUCAAUCAAACCAGAUGCUAUCUUAACUUUUGAUAAGGAUGAUGAAGAUGCUCUUGAAUUUGUGGCUUCUGCAGCUAACCUUCGUGCCAAGAUAUUUGAAAUCCAGCAAAAGACAUUAUUUGAAGUGAAAUCGAUGGCUGGUAACAUUAUUCCAGCAAUUGCCACCACCAAUGCGAUCAUUGCAGGGGUUGUAGUCAUGAAAGCUUUUCAGGUCCUCAGAGGUUCUAUUGGUGAUAUAAAACGAACUUACUUAACUACAGUGUCAAGACGGCCUCAUUUACUCAUUCAAGAAGAAUCAUCAGGUCCAAAUUUGGAAUGUCAAGUUUGUCAAUCAACAGGUGCAACAGUUCUAGUGGAUUUGGAAAAGGCAACACUGCGUGAUCUGAUUGACAAGAUUCUUUUAGCUCCAUUGGACCAAGGGGGUGCGGAAAUGACAGAAGAAAUAGCUGUGAUGGAUGGUGAUAGAAUGUUAUACGAUAUUGAAUAUGAUGAUAAUUUGGAUACUUUACUGAAAGAUUUGAAGGUACAAAAUGGCACUAUCUUACGUAUUGACAGCGAAAAUGGCGACCAAGAUUUAGAUCUUGUGAUUCAAUCAAGGCCAUCAUUGGACACGGUGAUUCAAUUAUCAGAAACAUUAAAAAAGACCAACAAAAAAAAUCAACAAAAGCGACGAUUAGAAUCGAAUGAAGCAUCACAACAAGAAGAACAAAUACAAAAGAAACCAAAAUUGGAUAAUAAUACCAUUGUAGAAAUAGGCGAAGAUGAUGAAAAUGGAACGAUUGUAUUAGAUUAA